GAUCAUUUCAUCUUAGUUUAUGUUAGACUGACAUAAGGAUUGGUUCUCUCUGUUCUAACAACAUUAAGUUUGUGUUUUUAAUAUACAUUUACAUUUAUCUAUAUAAUAACCUUAAAGAUGGCUUACUUUUAUCAAGUUUUAAGCACUUUUAUACUAAGCUACGUUGGCUUGGUCUUGGGUAUCAUGUUCACAUGGCCCUCCUCGACCCUCAUGAUCUUCAGUUCUGCCAACACCACGCUGAACAGAAUCAUGACCGAGGGUGAAUUGGCACUGUUGGGAAGUUUGUCUUCAGUUGGUGCCUUAGUCAGCAUUCCGUUGAUUGGUUUUUUACUGGACAGAGUGGGACGAAAGCCUUGUGCCAUCGGAUCAGCUUUGACCCCAGUGACCGCCUGGGCAAUGAUAUCCUGCAGUAAUCAAGUAGAGGUUGUCCUCACAGCAGUAUUUAUAUCGGGCCUCAGCAGUGGGAUCAUACUCAUAAACACCGUUUACGUGGUGGAAUUCUGUGAAGAGAACAUAAGAGGUUCCAUGACUGGUUGCAUUAUCGCGUUCUACAACAUCGGAAUGUUGGUCUCUUACGUUCUCGGAGGAAACUUGGAGUAUCAGCUGAUGGUGCUCACCAACCUGUCGAUGGCUAUCGUGGGGGUGCUCGGGCUAUUCUUCUUGAAGGAGUCCCCCCUGUUCUUGCUUACCAAGGGGAAGGAACAGGAAGCAGCAAAAUCUUUGGGUUUCUACAGACGUCUGAAGCCAAACUCUAAAGAGGUCCAAAAUGAACUGGAAGCCUUGAAAAGAGUAAUCAGCACAGGAUCAGAAGAAUGCAGUCCAGAAGAAGAAAAAUUGAAUUCUGGCACGAAAAAAGAGAAGCUGUCUAUGAUACAGUUUAUAAGAAAGUCCCGUUGCACACAACGCGCUCUACUCCUCUGUCUCACUCUGAUGACGGCUUCCAUAUUCCAAGGGCUGGCCAUAUUGCAAGUGUAUGCCGAGCCUCUGUUCGCUGAAGCAGUGCCGAACAUAUCUGCCAAUGUGUGUAGCAUCAUAUUGGCGUCUGUGUCCGUGGUCUUUGGGUUGGUGGCGGCGUAUUUGACAGAUAGGGCCGGGCGAAGGCCGCUAGUGAUAUACGGCUCGUUGGCGGCCGGGUUCGCAUGCGUACUGCUAGGGUUCCAGAUCCACAUGCACUGGGCCCCACACUGGGUCACGGCGGUCGCCAUAUACUUCUUCGCAAUAGCAUACAUACUGGGCCCGGGAACCGUACCGUUCAUAUUGGUGGGAGAAGUAUUUCUGCCUGAGGUGAAAAGUUUCGUCGCCAUGCUGGUGAUUGAAUGGACUUUCCUGAGCUACUCAAUCAUAUUAUUUAUAUUCAAUCCACUGGUUGCCCUGAUAGGGUUAGGGCCAGUAUUCUACAUGUUCGCUGUCAUAUGUUUCUUAACUGUAGCCUUCAGUUACUACUGCCAACCGGAAACUAAAGGAUUGACCAUGGACAGGAUACAAGACAUGUUUACGCCCAGAAAGGGACGGCCAAUAGUCUAGCAGAUGUGUUUUUUAUCUGAUGGAAAUUAUUGUGUGCAAAUAAAGCCAAAGUCUAUAAAACUAAAUUGUGUUAAAUAAAUUAAUGUACACUUAAUAGAGAAUGACAUAUUUCGUGAAUGAUAUGUUACUUAUAAGAUUAUGUAGUUCGACUAAAAUGUCGUGAAAAAGAAAAUUUGGUUGAUAUAUAUAUUAUAAAACA